AUGGCGAGCGCGGCGGCGAGCGCCACCGUCGCGCGCGCGGUGACGUUCGCGUCUCCGAGCGAACGCCUCGGCGCGUCUCGCGACGGUCCCGCGCCGCGGCCACCGCGCGUUCCCCGGCGUCCACCGGUCUCUCCGCCGCUGGAUGGAGCGAGGCGAUGGGUCCUCGGCGCGCGCGGUGGGUCUCGCGCCGCCGCGACCGCCUCCGACGACGGCACGCCCGGCGACCCCGAGCCGUUUAAGAUCGCCAUCAUCGGCGCGGGCUUCGCGGGCGUCGCGGCGGCGUACCAUCUCAUGUUGCGGUGCGCGGAGGGUCUCGACGACAGCCCCGCCGCCCCGACCGCCACCGCCGACGCGCUCCAAACGUCGCGUCGAAGGCCGGUGGAGGUGCACCUGUUCGACGAGAAGGGCAUCGCCGGAGGCGCGUCCGGCGUCGCCGCGGGCCUCCUCCACCCGUACACGCCGCGGGGAAAGAUCAUAUGGAGGGGCGUCGAGGGCGUCGCGGCCACGCUCGCGCUCGUGGCCGCGGCGGAGGAUGCCGAGAGGAGGCUCGACUCGGGAGCCGCCGUCCUCGACGACGACGACGGGGCCGGUCCACACGAUCGACGCGGCGAGUCGAUCGCGUGGCGACGUGGGACCGUGCGUCCCGCGAAAAACCUCAAACAGGCUCGCGAUCUCGCCAAGUUCGCCCCCUCGAACGCCGAAGGCGGAGGCGUCGCCGUCGACGCGGCUACCCUUCGAGCCAUCCUCCCGGGUGUCGCCGUCCCGGACGAGGUCGAAGACGCUACUCUCUCUAGUGUUGAUGGCGCUAAUCUUACCGAUGAGCCAUUCGACACGAAAGAGAUGGCGUCCAAGGUGGACACCGACGGGACCGGGGCGUCGGGCGUAGGGGACCCGAGGGUUAGAGGGACGAACGCGAGGGAGCGGAGAGCGGCGUCGCGGAAAGCGUCUGCGCCCACCGCCGCCGCGCUGCACAUUCCCGGCGGCGUCGUCCUCGACUCCGGUCGGUACCUUCGCGCGCUGUGGAACGCGACCAAGCUGUUGGCGUCCUCGACACGAACCCCGCGCGGGUCACGCGCGGUACUCCGCGUGGAACGAGCGGUGCGUAGCCUGACCUCGGACGAGCGCGUCGGCGUCGAAGGCGGCACCUUUGACGCGUGCGUCGUGGCGUGCGGAGCAGCCGUCGGAUCAAUCGCCGAGCUCUCCGUUGGACCGAGUGGGUGUGUCCUUCCGUUAUCCAACCAAGGGGGGCACGUCGUGGAACUCGUGCCAAAGCCCGGUUCGAUUGCGUCGCCGUGGGACGAACGCGCGCCGGGGAUACUCGGCGCUCCGUACGUCGCUCCGUUGGGCGUCGGGCGUUUGUUAGUCGGCGCGACGAAGGAGUUUGGCGCCAGCUGUGCCGACGCGAGGCGCGCGGGCGUCGUCGAUCCGGGGUUGGACGAUGCCGCGCAGGAGGCUGCGCGUGCGCUCGUCGCCGACGCGUCCGUGACGUACCCGCCGCUGAGCGGGAUGGAUGUGGACGUGGUGAGGUACGGCGUGAGGGCAAACCCGCCGAGGACGCCCGCCGGGUCGCUGCCGCUGAUGGGGAGGAUCGAGGGCAUCGGCGGGGACGGGGACGGGGACGAAAAGUCGGCACCCGGGGACGGGGACGGGGACGGGGAGGCGGGUCGUCGCUCGUGGUGGUUCGUCGGGGGACUCGGCGCGAGGGGUUUGGUGCGGUGA